AUGCUGCAUGUUAACAACUACUUGUUGAGUCUUUACCUGAAAGACUGUGAUUUAAAGGAUGCCCGGAAGUUGUUUGAUGAAAUUCCUGAUAGAGAUGUUAGAACUUGGACUAUUCUAAUUUCGGGCUUUGCUCGAUAUGGUCAUCACGGGAUUGCAUUGGAUUACUUUACUGAGAUGCGAAAUGAAGGAAUCGUGGCUCCCAAUGCGUUCACUUUGUCGAGUGUUUUCAAGUGCUGUGCUUGUGUUAAUAAUGGGCUUCAAAUGGGGAAGACAACUCAUGGGUGGAUAAUGAUAAAUGGGAUUGAUAUGGAUGUCGCUUUACAGAAUUCUAUUCUUGAUCUCUAUGCAAAACGCGGGGUGUUUGACUAUGUGAAUAGGUUGUUCAAAUUGAUGGAUGACAAAGAUUCUACUUCUUGGAAUAUCAUGAUGGCUGCUAAAUUGAGUGAAGGUGAGAUGGGGAAAUGUCUCGAGUUUUUUAAUAGUUUGCCUAUCAAGAGUGUUUCGAGUUGGAAUACUAUCAUUGACGGACUUAUGCAGCAUGGGCUUGAGAGAAACGCCUUGGAGCUUCUCUAUGAGAUGGUGAAACUAGGACCAGCCUUCGACAAAGUUACAUUUUCUAUAUCCUUGGUGUUGGCAUCUGUGCUUAAAAGUUUGGAACUAGGUAGGCAAAUUCAUGGCCGACUGUUGAGAGUUGGGAUGAAUGAAGAUUCAUUUGCAAUCACUUCACUUAUUGAUAUGUACUGCAAAUGUUGGAAAAUGGACAAGGCCUCCACAAUUUUCCAAGAAUUUCGACGAAUAGGUUAUAAGGGUUGUCAUGGUGAUUUAAUGGCACAAACUGUUUCUUGGAGUACAAUGAUUGCUGGUUAUGUUCAAAAUGCAAUCGACAAUUGGGCUGAGGCAGCUCAAUUAAGGCGUUUGAUGCAGGAAAGGAAAGUCAAGAAAUUUCCCGGUCAAUCUUGGAUCUAG